UCACUAUCCAUCUUUUCCCAAAUCCUCGCCGAUUAAUUCGUUCGUUAGCAGCGAUCGAACAUGCCGGCGCCGGCAAUUGUCUUUAAGUUUCUUCUAGUCUUGAGAUCCGUUUAAUCGUCUUCAGGAGGUGGGUCUAGUUUGCUUCAAUUUGUUGAAACUUGAAGGUUGUUGACAAGAAAAACAAAGGUGUUAUCUGGGUGUCCCAGAUGAGAACUGAUGUUAUUGACUGUAGAAGGAGGAGGGUUUUUCAGAUCUUCGGUGUCUGGGUAUAGCAAGGGCUUGACCCUUCUCUUGGUUCAGAAGCACGAGGACAGGCCCAUGAGAGUUUCGCCGUGGAAUCAUUACCAGUUGGUGGACCAAGAAUCUGACCCUGACCUGAAUCAGCUGGCUUCCAUCAAGAGCCGGCUUUCCCGUGGGUGCGCCUCUUUUGUCUGCUUUGGUCGCACUUCUGCUGAACUUUAUGCCCCAUCAGCUUUGAAAGUUGGCCCUGUUAAACAGCAGGAUGUCUUGCCGGAGCCUCUUGUGUUGAAUAAAACUAAUGAUCACACAACUCAACUUGAUGAUGGAAAUAGUAAUGUAAGAGAGAUUGCCCUUAAAAGUAGUUUGAAGAAGCGACCAAUUAAGAGUCCCGCUCCUAUUGAGGAUGUUAAUGACCGUGAGGCAUCAGGAGAAAAGGAUGGUGAUAUCCAUAGUCACGCAGAACGAAGAAAGGUACAAUGGAUGGAUGAUUGUGGUAGUGAGCUAGCUGAAAUCAGGGAAUUUGAACCCAGUGAAACAGGUGGAUCAGAUGUCGAAAUUGAUAACGGAAAUGAAGGACCUUGUUCAUGUACAAUUAUGUAGUUUGGGGUCAUUUCUCGAGUUAAAUGAUGCAUAUCAGGUAAAGGAACUUGAUCUUGUUAUGUUGGAAAUGUUCAAUUGAUUUUGGGCAAAGAAGCAGCAAAUGCUGUUUUGUUUUCUUGAUUCUACUUGAAAACGGACUGCAACCGAUAGAGAGGAGCUUUCUUUUUGGGCCACCUAUUCUACAAAAAGGAACCUAAAUUUAAGGUAAAAAAAAGGUAAGCUUUCUAAAAUUUUAUCAAAUGAUACAUAAAAUAUCAUCUAACAUGCAUAAAUUGUUA